UCCGGAAUAUGUAAACAUUGUUAUGUCAUCCAUUAAAAGUAAACUGCUCAGUUCUAAAAAUAAAUGAAGUGCGUAGCUUUGCACUGACGCAUUGAAUUUUCUGCUUUGCACUGACGUCUAACAAAAUACAAGAAUUGUGAAAUGAUGGUUGACGAUUGUAACAGGAAUAUCUGAGGGUUAAAGUGCAAGCAUUUCACAGCACAAGAUGUCGAAGCGAGUUACACCUAAGAUCGCUGUUGCGGGUUUACGCACCAUUCAAACGCUUGGCGCUGUAGCCAUCCCCGCUCCACUUGAAGAAGUGCCAGAAGGAUUUGAGAUUAAACCGGACGCUAAAAAACCAGAAAUAUUUAGUACCGAUGAUUGGAAAAGUGUACAAAAUGCAGUGAAGGAUAUCUUCAAUGAGAAAUUUACACUAGAAGUCCCAGGAGAAAUAUAUAGGUUGCAUCAAAAUGUCAAGAAUAUACUCCGGUCCAAAACAGGAACAUUCCUUUGCGACUGUUACAAAGAAUGGCUAACGAAAGAGAUGAAUCUCAUGGCAGCAGAAAGACUCAGGGAAUUCAAAGGUCCCAAAGUCCUGCAAAAUUUAGAAGAGAUAUGGAAUACAUUUUACUGUGAAAUCCUCCCAAUGCUAGAGGCUAUACUUUAUAUGGUCAAACACAAGGGAAGACCAUGUAUUCGUACCACCACUCUGGCUACUUUCAGAGAUGUAGUAUUUCUUUCUACGAAUAUUGAAGAUGCAAUAAUGAGAGGGAGACGUACUUUGAGCCCUGGAAUACGACAUGCGAUCCGAAUAUUACAGUGUGUAAAUGACUCCUACCCACCAAGCAGAAACAAACUGAAAAUUGAAUUUCUAGCUGCACAAAUAUGUAGUUCAUACAUUGGAUACUAUGGAUUAUAUCAAAAUGGCCACCUGAUCGUCACAUCAAACGAGCCGAUGAUUGUUUCUAAGAGAAGACCAAGUGCUGAUGUUGGAGGACCAAGGCGCAUUUCACGUCCAUUUAGCAUUCAGCCCCAACAAAUGGACACACUCAACCAGAUAUUUAAAAAUGCUGUUCGACACAAGACACCGAAGGGAAGAAGACAUUUGAGAUGAAGCAUUCUUCAGAAAUAGAAGAUACUGAAUGCAGAGUUCGUGCGAAAAAAAAAACAACCUGUAAUCAUAGACCUAUGUACCUGAAACUAAUAAUAAAUGUUUUAUUGUCUUAACA